UACACUCUUGGGAGUGAUUUCAGAUCAAAACUCCUUUGCAGAUCGCAAAUUCUCCUCUGGAAUCAAGCUCCUUCAAGAGGCUUUUUUCCGAUACUCAGCCGUGACUCUCCGGCGACGGGUCUGUGGCGUCUUCUUCAAUCUUUUCUUAGAUUGAAACCGUCCGGCCGGCCGGAGUUCACUCGAUUAGCAAGCUAGUUGGCAGUUACCUCACCUACUCUUCUAUAUCUUCCUUCUGCAAAUCCCCCGGACGUAUACUUUCCUUCUUUGCAAAUUGAAGAUGGCUGAAACUGAAAGCGUCGGAUUCAUUAUUGGUGUCAUUGGCAACAUCAUCUCUGUUUUAGUCUUCCUUUCCCCAAUAGGGACGUUCUGGCGAAUCGUGAAGAACAGAUCGACGGAAGACUUUGAGAGCCUUCCCUACAUUUGCACCCUGUUAAACUCAGCCUUGUGGACUUACUAUGGAAUUGUGAAGCCCGGUGCCAUACUCGUUGCCACUGUCAACGGUUUCGGCGUUGUGGCCGAAACUAUCUAUAUUUUGAUAUUCCUUAUAUUUGCACCGGCAAAGAUAAGGGCAAAUACCGCAAUUCUUCUGGGGAUUAUGGAUGUUGGAUCUCUAGCAGCAGCGAUCGGAGUAACUCGUUUCGCAAUGCAUGGAGAUCUGCGUAUCGAUGUAAUAGGAAUCAUGUGUGCAGGCCUCAACAUAGUUAUGUAUGCUUCUCCCCUCGCAGUCAUGAAAACAGUGGUCACGACAAAGAGUGUGGAGUACAUGCCAUUCUUUCUCUCGUUUUUCCUUUUCUUAAAUGGAGGCACUUGGGCUGUAUAUGCGGCGCUCAUGGGGGAUUACUUCGUCGGAAUUCCGAACGGUACAGGAUUUAUACUUGGUGCAGCUCAGCUGAUGCUCUAUGCAAUUUACAGAAAUGCGAAACCAUCAAAGAGCAAACUAGAGAGAUUGGAGGAAGGCAGGCAACAUGAACCCCUGAUCUCGCCUUGCGAUCGAGUGGCUGAUGAAGUCAACCAUCAAUGGUGAAUGUCGCAAUGAAUUAAGUCUGGAUUGAAUAGACCAAGAUCGGUGGCAGCUGAUGCCAUCGUGUACCUUAUUUUGUAUAAUGUGUUUGCAUAAGCCAUCUUUAAUUUCUCUGAAAUCUUUUUAUUUUUCCACUGGAAAUUAUGAACUGUGAAAGUAUGGAAAUCUUGCUAUAAGUUGAGAACAUCUAUAAAUUUGACAUAUAUAUAGGAGAAAUAUUCCCAAUGUGCAACU